AUGGAUGCUGAAACUCUGUGUACCAUCUUGGAAGCCCAAACCAAGGCAAAGCAGCAAAUGUUCAGUGAGCUGAUGAAGCGUAUGGAAAAGAUGGCCUCUGCUUCACACCCAGCCGUCCCAACAGCAUCCGUCGCUACAGCCGAAUUCGUCACAAAUUCUCUAUCGACAUGCUUGCUUGAGUUCGUAUGCGAUCCGGACAAUUAUUGUACAUUCGAGGUCUGGUACAACCGCUACGAGGACGUCAUCUCGAAGGACGGUGUUACCUUGGACGAUGCAGCAAAAGCUAGACUAAUAGUCUAUAAAUCGGAAAUCUGCCAACACCGUCACUAUAGCUUCGACUCAUGCUGA